AUUAAAUAAAAAUGAAUUUCUGCCAGAAUUGCAUUGUAUUCUUUACAACUCAUAAGUUUAUUUUAUGGAUUAUAAUAUCGCAAACAAUACUAUAUAGAUCUUCUGUUACUUCAAAACAUUUUGAUUAUAGAUUAUCAACAAGAAGUAAUUUACCAUUCAUUUAUUAUAAUGGUAUACCUAAAACUAAAGAAGAAAUGGAAAAGAAAGAGACUAUGGACACAUAUAAUUUAAAUUUAGCAAAUAAAAUAGAUCCUGAGGAUAUUUAUAAGUAUAAUGACAUAAAUUAUAAUAACAAUCUAAAUAGUGUAGAAAUUCCGUUUUAUUGGGUAAUGGAUGUCGAUGGCCGAAAGCGUAAAAAAAAAUAUUCUAAAAAACAUGAAAAAGAAAAAAAUCACCACAGUCACAUACGAAAAUCUAGAAAAGUAACUUAUGAAAAAUCACAUCAUACACCACAAUUGGAAUCAAGUAAAAAUAUUGAUCAUGAAUUCGAUUUAAAAAAAAAUAAAAAUAGCGACAUAAAUACAAAAUUGCUCAAGAAUCAACACCGUAAUGAAGAAUUAGUUAAACAUGUAAAGCAUAAAUUAGUAGAGAAAAUGGUUAUUAACAAGGACGAUAAAACUAUUAAUAAAUCUACUGGUGAAUCUAUUACAUUAAAUGAUUCAUGCAGUUCCAAUAAACAUAAAUAUAAUAUUGUCGAUAAAUCUCAAAAUAAUUUUAAAAAAAAAUAUCAAGAAUAUAGUUCUAGUAGUAAAAUAACAAAUAAAAAACUAAGUAAUAAAUUAAAAGAAGCUCAAUCCAACCAAUCAGACAAGUUUUCUAAUGGUCUUAAUAAUCAUAAACAAAAAAAAACACCUAAUGAAAAAUUAAAAAUAGAACCUAAUAGCAAAUCGGAAGAAUUAGACGAAGACUUAGAUGAUAUUAAAUAUAAUGUAACACAAAAAACUAGCGGCCAUGUUAGAAAAAAAAUAGGCAAUAAAUUAAAAAAAGCGCCUAAUUUUAAAUUAGAUAACUAUCGUAGUAAUUUUAAUAAUAAGCAUAAAAAACAAAAACCAAGUAAUAAUGUGGGUAAAAGUUCAAGUAAUAAAUUAAAAGAAGAAUCAAGUGGAGGUGAAUCAGACGAUGAGUCAAAUGAUUUAAUAGCCGACGAACAUAGUGAUGAAUUUGAUAUAUAUACAAAUAAUUUAAAAAAUAAAAACCAGAAUCAAAAAUCUAAUAGUAAAGUAAGUAAUAAAAUGAAAGAAGAAUCGAGUGAUGAAUCAGACGAGGAAUUAAAUGAUUCAAUUGAAAAUGAAAAUACCGAUGAAACUAACAGACAUGAUAACAAUUUAAAAAAUAACCAUAAAAAACAGAAAUUGAAUAAUAAAGUGGAUACAAGUUCAAAUAAUAAAUAUAAUAAUAAUUUGUACGAAUCCCAGAGUAAGAAAUCUAGGAAAAAGUUUGAAACUAAAAAGGAAAAGAAAGGUAAAAAAUUUAAAGACAGUUUAAAUAAUAAAUCAGAUGAGAAUACACGUGACGCUAUAAAUGAAGAAUCAACCGAUGAGGCCAUUACCAUCAAAUAUGAUAACUUCUUAAGUAGGCAAGUAAAACAAAAACCGAAUACUAAAAUAAAAAAAAGAGAUAAUGAAUUAAAACAAUAUCUGAGAAAAAAAACAAGUAAAGACUUUCGAAAUAAUAAAUCAGAUGAAAUGAUAAAAAUUACACAACAUAAUUAUUACUCUAAUCAACAUCUGAAACGCAAGAAUGAAUUGCCAGAUGAAUUAAAAAAGGAUUCAACUGAGAAACGAAGUAAACCGUUGUCAAAACUGAUCUCAAAGAAUGAACGCAAAAGCAAGAAAUAAAAAAAAAGAUAUAAUGAAUUAAAUGAAAAUCCUGUCAUAUUUUUAUGAUUGCGAAAUAAGA